AAUAAACCGCAGUGGCAAUAGCAGUGUAGCACGUUUCUAAGAUCAGUUUAUUUUUUUAUUUUUUUUGAGCAUUACAUUGCUGUAUUAUAUUGGAGUGAAAGACAGAUAAAUGGAGCUUCCAGAAGAAAUCCUUGCCCACAUUUUCUCUUUCCUCCCUCUGAAGGAUAAGUGCAGUGCCUUCCAGGUGUGUAAGGCCUGGUCCAGCAGCUUCACCUGUUCAAGUGCGUGGACACACACAGAGAUCAGGUGUGACUCUGGAGAAUGUGUUCCUCAGAGGUUCUCUGACCUUCUGCCGUGUAUCAGACAGUUGAAGCUGAUCAUCAGUGUGGCCGACCCUGCGCACCGGGAGACUGCGCAGUGGGUUCUGCAGCAGGUUCUAUCCCAGGGCAAAGGGCGCCUGCGUGGGUUGUGUGUGUGCUGUUCGGGGACCCCGCCUCUGUUCUACGCGGGAUACGACCUGCUGCAGGGACUGGUGGACGUCUUGACAAACGGCUCGUCUUUGACGGCACUAGACCUGAGGGGCGUGCCGUUCACCCUGAGCGACAGCUUUGUCAAGAGCAUAGCCACGCUGUGCCCCGCCCUGCGGAGUCUCUUUAUCAACAACGGCUCUCUGGUGUGCGGCGUUGUCCCGAAGACCACCAGGGACAUCCUGAAAUGCUGUCCAGCCCUGAACACCAUCGGGCUCUUCCAAGCCAGCUUGUCUUGCGACGUCUUUCGAGACCUCCUCGAACCUCAGAGAACAGACCUGAGGCUGCUGGAGCUGCGCUGCGAGCGCUCGCUGAAGUAUGUCAUCCCGCUCUGCGACGAAGUCUGGGCAGAUGUUAGACGCAGACAUCCCGGGCUUAGAGUGGACCUGGAGCUGGACCACACCCUCCCGGAGCUGCAGGUUCCCAUCGUGCUUCAGCCCAGCAUCCCUGUGAGACAGCUCCGCCUUCACACCUGGACCUUCCUGCUGGAUGAGAUACACCUCGUGGCGCAGAGUUACGCGGGAACGAUGGAGGUGCUUGAACUUCAGACCACCGCGUCCCCGGAGCUCAAUGUGGAGCUGGUUGCCUUGGCAACGCAGUGCACCAAACUGCGCGAGGUUCACUGUUACUGUGUGGUUUCACAGAACGUCAUAGAAGCGUUCUGCUCGCUGUGUCCUGACUUGCGCAGAUACACGCUGAAAACACGCAAAGAGCUACACCCGUGGACUUGCACCACACUUAGAUAACACACAGAUAACUCACAGAUAACACACACACGCACACACACUUAACAGUGCUGCUGAGCUCUGCACCUUGAUUGGUCAGAAGGAGUUGUUUGAGUUAAUUCUCUGUAACAGCCGCUCUCGUGCAGGCUUACAUUAAUUCGCUAAAUUUUUAUACGUUAUUGGUUGCUAUAGCAACAGCUCAUUCACUGAGACGAGCAUGGUACAAAAAAUUUCAACAGUGUAAAUGAGUUGAGCAAUGAAUCUGCUUUAAAUUUUGCGUUAAGCUUUAACAU